CCUGCUGUCGGACACCCUGAAAGCAACAAGCUGGACUGGAUCAAACGGUCCAUGCGGCAGAACCGUGCGCGUUGACGGGAAUAUCACCAAAACAAGCUUAUUUAUCCUCACUAAACUCACGCCAGGAAAAAAAUCUGUAAUUUCAGAAGUGACCUGGGGGAAGGAAGAUGUCGGCGAUUUAUAAAGAUGACCAGGAGGACUGGCUGACAGUGUGCCUCAAGUACUUGCUCUUUGUUUUCAACUUUCUCUUCUGGGUGGGUGGAGUUGCCGUUUUGGGUGUUGGAGUCUGGACCCUGGUGGAAAAGAGCGACUACUUGAGUCUGUUGGCCUCCAGCACUUUUGCUGUCUCUGCGUAUAUCCUCAUCCUGGCUGGCGGCCUGGUGGUGGUUACGGGCUUCUUGGGCUGUUGUGCUGUCAUCCGGGAACAGAGAAGCUGUCUGUCCACGUAUUUCUUCUGCCUGCUGUUGAUCUUCUUGAUUGAACUGGUGGCUGGAGUACUGGCUUAUGUAUACUACCAGAGGCUGAGUGAGGAGCUGAAGCAACAUCUCAACCAGACUAUGACAGAGAACUACGCCCAGCCAGGGAAGGAGGCCAUCACAUUAGCUGUGGACAGACUACAACAGGAUUUCAAGUGCUGUGGCAGCAACAACUCCCAUGAUUGGAUGUUGAGUGCGUACAUUUCGUCAAAGCAGGCAGAAGGCAGGGUCGUGCCUGAUAGCUGCUGUAAGACCAUCACCCCUUACUGUGGCAAGAGAGACCACCCCUCCAACAUCUACAAAGUGGAGGGUGGAUGCAUCACUAAGCUGGAGCAGUUUCUGGCAGACCACCUGUUGGUCAUUGGUGCAGUGGGAAUAGGAGUAGCCUGUCUGCAGCUGGCUGGGGCAGCCUUGACAGCCUGCUUUAUCUAUCUGCUCUAUAAAGAAGAGGAAGAGGACUUCAGUACAGUGUGAUUUAGCUCUAGAACAUCUUUGUGGUUUAAUCAACUGGAGAGACAAGAUCUGUGGGAUGGUGUUCACCUGCUGCUUAUACAGAAGGAUCAAGAUGGACCCUUACUGAGCACACCAGGCCCCCAACACUACACCUUCAACAGGCAAAUGGAACAAUGACCCACUGAAACCUAAUUUCAGCCUCUGAAUUUUGAACUCCGACCUGGUGAUCUAACCCAAAUGCACAGAUAUGUUUCAGGCCAUCCAAAUUGCGGUCAGAAACAAGUUGUGCCAUUGAGCAUCCAGGGUGAUUCAUGGUUCCUUUUGUACAGCAUUGUGCAUAACUUACAAUGUUUUUCAAUCCAGACUUCAACAUUUCUGUUAUCUGACUGAGAUUUAGAUUUCCAGGAGCAUCAUGCCUUGGCUUAGAUGCAUGCUUUCGUUUGAGCAGGACUGAAGAAGGGGCAAUCCUUACUCAUGUUGUAUUCUACUCAACCAAUGAUGAUUUUUCGUGUUUUCACUGUGCAGAAUUAUUUAAUAGGGUUUUCUGCCUGUUCCAGUGAUUGGGUAAGCUGAGGUGUCGCUGUUACUGAUAAAAGGUAACUUCUUUUAUCUUUUGUAAACACAAUGUGCCUCUUUCACAGUUCUGCUGACAAAUGAUUAUGCAUUAACUCUGUACCUCUGCACUGUGAUAAACAGCAGCAAAACAAACAUAUAGUUUACUAUCUUUAUAUUUGUAGUGAUGUCUAUAUUACUGACAAUAGCACUAAAUGUUGAACUGUAUGCUGCUUAUUAAGAUUAACUGAGCAAUCCUAGUGAUACUCAAGUGUAGGGCUAGGAACAUUUCCUAACAGUUCAAAAAGUAAAAGUGAAAAUCAGUUUGGUUGCCAGAUCCCUUAAUUUAUGACUCCACCUAGUGGUUGUCAAUGGUUAGAUACUGUACAAUCUGCAGGAUUAUAACUCUAUGCUGCACUUAGUUCUGAUACCAUAUUAUGAAAUUCAGAAUUCCAUGAUACAUUAAAAGCAGCUAUUUAUCUUCAUGGGUGACACUAAGAAAUGUGUAGAUAUCAGUUGGUAAUUUUAACAUGAACACAUUUCACCUUUUGAGAAACUUUUGGGUUUAUUCCUAUACUUUCCUUGACACCUUAGGUUUCAUUCCGUGCAGUGAAGAAUCUGACCUUUCUGUGAGCCAAAGAAAGUAUGAACAAGGUUGUUUUCACUGUCCAAUCUAUCACUUGCCAUUCCUUUUUGCCACUGCUAUUUUAUAUGGAACAAUGAGUAUCUUUGUUGCCACAAUACUGUAGAGGUGAAAGGUCUUGUGGAAUAUAAAGAGUGAUAAUAUGUGCUGUGUGGAUAUAGACAUUUCUUUUUGACAUUUGACAUUUUUUUCAUUUGGUAAGAACCAUGAUGUUGCCAUGACUCAGUACUUCGUAAAGGGACCUCCUAGGAUUUGUUUUUUUUUCCAAAUGGGUGCUGAUGUUUGUCGAUGGUUGAUGAUGAGAUAAUGAUAUAACACUGGCAUGUGCUGCAACUACUGAUUGCUCUAUUCAUCAUAUUGAUAUGAAUCUCAUGAAUAAAUGUUUGAAUGUUGUUGGAUAUAGUAAACCACUAGAGGGAGACAAAGGUUUUCAUUUUUCAGUGGUACAGUGGUUUGUCAUCCAGCUAAUCAUGUGAAACAAUCUCUCCACUUUGCUAAAGCUGACCCAACAGAGCCAGUUUGGUCUAACCCACCACUCAGAGCAGUGUUUCCUAAUAAAAGAGGAUACGCUUACCUGACUGUUUUGUCAUAGUUGUGAAGAUUCAGUUUUGCCAAACUCAGCAUUGUUUGAGAUGGUAUGCAUGUUUCAUGUUAUGUGUUAUGUGUUAGUCACUGACUAAAUCACAAACACUGUUGAUAAGCUUAGCUAGAACCAAAUCUUGCUACUCCCUGCUACUUGGUGCAGCAGUGCAAUU